GAAGUUUAGCCCCUCAGAACAUGUGGGCGGAGCAGGAGCCCGAAUAGGUCUGUUAAAGGGUUAAUUCUGGACUGCAGGGACAGGAAGAUGUUCACUUCUGUGAAACUGGAGGCCAAACCGCUUUUAGAAAUUCAAGUUGAGUAUCUUAAGGAAUGCUGCGGUGUAGCAUCACUGGAUUAAAAGUGGUUUUAUCCAGCAUUUAAAUGGGGUUGGUCUCCUAAACAAAAGGAAGGGGAUUUUUCUCGAGGGGGUCAGCACUCCAGAAAAGACAGGAAAAAUGAGAUACGGUUUUUAGGCAUUUCGACAGGCACACAACAUAUCCAGAGGAGAUCUGAAUCCAUGGUAAGGUGUGGAAGCAUGUCCUACAGCGACCCGACUCCACCCAGCCCCAGCAGGAACAGCGGCAGUACCUCUGGGGCGCAGUAUGCUACUGCUGUGCUGGGCUUGGGCCUCAUCGCUCUGGGGAUAGUCAUGAUUAUGUGGAGCGUGGAGCCGGCAGGGUCUGGAGGGAACAGCUCCAGACCCAGCAUGCAUCAGAAUCAAGUUCGGGAGGCCUCGUCCGUGGCGUUCGUCCUAGUAGGGGGAGGAGUGGCGCUUCUGCUGCUGUCUGUGUGUCUGAGCGUACGGAAGAAACAGAGGGCGACCCGGGGACAAGAAGCCAGCAGUACACCUGCUAACACACAGGACGAGGGGGCUAGGAUGGAACAACUAGCUCAAACCUACACUGUACCCACUUACGAGGAGGUGGUAAUGAGUGGCCAGUAUCCCAUCAGUCAGUCCUCAGAGCGACACAACAGCAUCACCCAGCUGCCAGCCUAUGAGGAGCUAGAGGAAGAUCAGCACACUGUGGAAGAUGGAUUCAGCCCAGCACACAGACGUUCAUCCCAAAUCGACCCCAGCACUGGAGCGGGUGGCCGAAGAAACAGCCGGCCUGGGCGCAAGCUGAUUCCCCUUAAAAUUAGGCGCAUAAAAUCUGAUAUCCUGAGGAGGAAAAGCUUAAGCGAUAUCCAGCAGACAAACAUGUUCUCCAUCGAACCCCUCACGCCUCCUCCACAGUAUGAUGAAAAGCUCCCUCCACUUCCUACAAACGCACACCAGUGAGGAAUGCUGGAGGUUUAUGCUAACCCUGCAGUGUGAUGAAGUGUGACUACCUCUUUUACAAGUUACUACUGUACUGAACUUCAUAUUACUCCUCUGGAACGGAUGUGCCACUAUCAUCAGCACAGAGGAGGGAGUAGUAUGGAAAGGGGAGAGCCGUCGUUAUGUCUUCCUGUGUUUCCUGAAUAUAUCCUUGUAGCAAAAAAAAAUUGUAAUAAAAAAAAGUUGCAGCUGACUGGAUUAAAACUGAACUGGAUUUUUGAAAGAUGUUUACUGAACCACUGCUGAUCUUUAUAUAAGAUGGUCUUGUUUUUGCUGUUGAACAUGAAAUUUGGCAUCCAAGCUGUCUAGACCUUUGUUUCAUAGGACGUCCACUAAAAUUUCAGAAGAGAUGUGAAACUGUAAACUGUGAGUCACCUCAGCACUAUUGUGUUUUUUUGCACUGAUAUGUGUUUGUGUCUGGUGUGAGUGCAUGUGAUGUUUUUUUGUGUGUACAUUUUCCAAGAACUUUGCUUUGGUUCUUGUGUUGGCUUUAAUUUUCUGUGUU